UGUUCUUGAUACUGCAGCAGCUACAGCAGCAUGCAGAGCAGACUGACUGUGACUCCCAGGAGAACGAACGCAAGUUUACGCUGCUUCAGGUGAGUCCUAACUUUAUUAUAUUAUAUUAUGUUAUAUUAUCGUCAUUCUUGUCUCUGACUGUUGAUUAUUUUUUCCUAGUUAUCUAGUGAACUUUAAGCUUUUGUUGUCAUGUUCUGAAUUUUAAAUCACAAGUUGUUUUACUAACUCUUAUCUGUUUUGUUACAAUUUUGUAACAUUGUGGUUGUUCUGGUCUAUUUUGUAUUUAUUUAAUUUGAGUUGCCUCUUAGCAUGUUAUCAAUAUCUUGAUCUUUAUAAGAGAACAGCAGAGUUCCAAGAAUUGAACCCUGAGGCACACCAAAGUCAACAAGCACACACAGGAAAAGAGACGAUAUAAUUCCAGAUUUUCUUAACUCUGUUUCAUCUCUCUCCAGCCAGUCCUCUUUGUUUUCAAUGGCUUCUUCCACCAACACCACCACCAUCGUCCUGCUUCUCGCCUGUGUUUCCUAUGAGCUGAUGUUGGGCUGCAGCCAUAAGGCUGAUGGACAAAAUGGACGAGGUGUGGACAGAGGUGAGAAGCUGAGCCGCCAGCCUAAAUCCACCUCUGCUCAGCAAGUUAAGGGCAAAGUUGUGACCAGAGACAGAUCUGAGUGCACCUGGGCCGCCGCAGGCCAGGAUCUACUCGUCCUCAGUGUGACGUGCAAAAAAGGACGCAGCAGAAGUGUCAGCUGUGAAUACGUAGGCAAGCCGUUUCUGUGUACAGAGUACGCUGCUAACGUCGGACUCUACUGGAAACAGAUUUCCAGAGCACUGAAAAAACAGAGGAGUCUGUGUGAAAACCACAGAGCUCUGGUCAAAGCUGGGAUGUGCAGAGGAGCGGAAAAAGAAGCUCAUUUCAGAUUGUACGAUCCACAGACGACCACAUCUGCUCCACCUGCGGCUACGACUGUCAGGUCGUGUCAGCCUGUCAACAGGAAGCUGGCAGAGGAGUAUUGCAACAAGUCCUGGUCCAGUUUCUGCUUGUUCUUCUUCACCAUGGUGCAAGAUAAUGACUGUUAGUAGAAUUUACAUAUUUUUAACAACUGAUCCACAGCUAUCUUUCUAUCUUAUCUCAUGUCUAGCAUUUAGCGGUGUAUACAAUUUAUACAUAUAUAUACGUAUACAUACUGUAUAUAUAUUUCAUUUAUCUUAGCUAAUUUUAAGCUAUU